GUACAUCCACAGCAAGGAGAAGCCGUUUAAGUGCAGCGAGUGUGGCAAGGGCUUCUGUCAGAGCCGCACCCUGGCGGUUCACAAGAUCCUUCACAUGGAGGAAUCGCCGCACAAGUGCCCGACUUGUGGCCGGAGCUUCAACCAGCGGAGUAACCUUAAAACGCACUUGCUCACACACACGGACCUCAAGCCUUACAAGUGCGCCUCCUGCAGCGCCGUCUUCAGGAGAAACUGUGAUCUCAGGAGGCACAUGUUAACUCACUCAAUCGGGGGCCACCUGCCUUCCGAUAAAGAUUCUGACGAGAGUAAAAAUAUGAAUCAUCACGAUGUUGAUGUGAGUGCUUCGGGGCCUUCGUCAGGUGGUGCGAUUGCAGUGUGCGACAGAAGAGAAGGGGGCACGGACUUGGAUGACGACGAGGUAGAAGAUGACGCAGAAGAGGACGAUGAAGACGAGGAAAUUGACCCAGGCCGUCCUGAUGACGCCUACUCCUUCUACGAGUCCGAAAAGGUAGAGGACGAAGAGGAAGUGGAGGAGGAACUUGAAGAAGAGGACGACUGUGGCAGUGGUGUGCGGGCGGAAGACGACUCCAAUGACCACCACCACCAUCACGUGUCGAAUCUGCACCAGCAAGAGCUUAACAGGCCAGACAUGCACGGUCAUCCUAGCCACCUCCACACCACUCUCGCACACAACGCACUCCACCAUAAAACACACACACACGUCACUCACGCCCACACCACCCAUGUACAUACCACCCACACGCUUCACGAGCAGCUAACAUCCCACACCCAUGCCUCUCACGCACAUAUCUCGCACAGUAACAACAGUAGAGACUCGGGAAUGUUAGGGCCUCACGGUGCCCCUCCCCCGAGACCCGCCUCACAUCCUCACGCCCACGUCACUCCUCUCUACAGUCACGGCCAUGGCUUCUACUCGAUGGUGGGCGGGUCGGGUCCUCCAGGGCCACAUUAUCGGCCUCCUCACCACGACUUGAAGCGACCCAUUGAGCAGGUGUUGGGGGGUCCUGGGCCCUCAGUAGUUCCUCCACCCCUUCUGCCCAUGCAGGGGCCUGUGCCCAUGGGCGGAGGUGGUAUGGGUGCCGCCCCACGCCCACCAUAUCCGCCUCAUCCUCCAGAAAGGCCAAAGAAAAAAGGGUUCAUGAUCGAUGAUAUUAUGAAUGGAUAGUGUCGGCCAGUGCCAGGUUGGGUCUCCGUAGCCUCACCGUGCACUUGCCCCCUGCAACCUGCAACCUGCAACCGCCGUGAUGGGCGCGUCCUCGUGUCGACGACCCGGUCCACACCGAGUCAGAAUUAUCUUCAGCUCCGUCGCCGCUGUUGGGCCUUAUUUCAGAGAGACGCGAUAUCAUUAACUCUCAGACACCUUCAUGUGCCCAAUGGCGUAAUAGCAACGGGUUCUCAAAGGUAAUUAACACUUUUUUUCUUUCUUCGGACAAGAAAUGAGAAGAUUACGAGAACGAGUGAACCGCCAUAGCCUCGGUUCUUGGGUUGACGCUAGCCUAACGUAGAAUGGUAAUGGAAACUGAAUGCGGCCAUUAGUUCUGAAUGCUGCAAUGCAAUGUGAACGGGAUGUGGGUAUUGUAAACGAGGCCGAAGAUAUUAAAUGCUGCAGGAAAUCGUGAAUGCAACUGGGCAUUCUUAGCAUGGCCUGAGAGAGCAUGAAUGCAGUGUGUGAAUCUUAGCGUUGUUGAAGAUUCUGAACACUAAUGCGUAUUCUGAACAAAGACAGGCACACUGAACGCGGUCAGAAACUUCUAACGCGACCUUAGAGGGUCGGAACAGUCAAAGAAAUCUUGUUUACAGGGUCUUUGCCACAGAUUAAUUUAUGUAAUAAUUUUCUAAUGUGAGAUUUUUUCUAUAAGGUUUUUCACUAUUUGUAUCUUUUUAAAAUGUAAACCUAUAAUUUUUGUGUACAUAUUUUGUGUAUAUUUGUAAAUAAUGUCUUAAAAAAUAAAAAAAAAGGUUAAUGA